AUUUCUCUGUCUCUUCCACCAUCUCAUUUGAAGUGGUCAUCCCCUUCUGCAUCUCGACCUCGACCUCGGCAGCCUUGACCUCGACCUCCUUCGCCAAUCCCUUCGACUCUGUCUUGCAUCGGGGACCCCAGGGCCCUCCGUUUGCCAAGCUUCACCAACACUACUCCGUACUUUUGUUUUGGGACGGGACCACUGCAGCUGCCCCAGCAACAACCGUCCUCCCUCUCCCAUUGUCAAUCGGAUCAAUCAACCCGCCCUGUCCAGUCAUCACUCCACCAUUCAUCUACCCAUUGGACAUUUACAUUUCCUCAAACUGCAGUGACCGACCAACAUGCCCCCAAAGGCCAAGAAGGCUGCGGCCUCCGCGCCGCCAGCGGGUGGAGCACCACUUGAUGGCUGUGUGAUCGCUUUUAGUGGAAGGUUCACCGGCUACAAGCAAAGUGGAUUGGAGUCCAAAUGUACCAUUUUGGGAGGACAACCUGCAAAGUCGGUUGUUGAAGGCACCACUCAUGUUGUCACUACCCAGGCCGACUACGACAAAUUGUGCACCAAGGUCUUCCAGGCCAAGGACCGUGGAGGCAUCUUCAUCGUCAGCCUUGACUGGCUCCUUGACUCUGAGGACUCGAACACGAGGCAACCAGAGGCCCAGUACCUCUUCGAUGCCCAACAGAGUGGCAACACCAAUGGCAGCACGAACGGCAACAAUAACACCGUGCCUACAUCGAAGCAUCCCACACCCACAAACCCUCAGCCCGUUCCUGUUCCUGCCCAGAACAAUCCUUCCAUCAAGAGGCAGGCGUCUGCGUCCCCCGAACCCAAGCCCAAUGCCAAGAAGACAAAGCUCGACCAAGUUGCGAAAAAUGGCAAGGCUGCUGCCAUAGGCAAGGAGCAGAUUGCCAAGUCGUGGGAUGUUCAGGUGCCUGUUGACGAGGGCUGCUCUCUCAUUGGAUACGGAGUACACAUCGACGAUGAUAGUGUCAUCUGGGAUGCCUCUCUCAACCAGACCAAUGCAGGGGCAAACAACAACAAAUUCUACCGAAUUCAGGUCCUAGUCUCCGCUGGAGAUGCCAAGACCUGGACUAGAUGGGGGCGCGUUGGUGAGCGUGGCGCGAACAAGGUUCUUGGAGGCGGCUCCCUACAGGAUGCCAAGAAGCAAUUCGAAAAGAAAUUCAGGGACAAGACCGGCCUCCUGUGGGCAAAUCGAAUGGACGACCCAUUGCCUGGGAAAUAUGUCUUCCUCGAGAAGAGCUACCAACCGGAUUCUGACUCGGAGGAAGAUGGCACCGAGCCGUCUGAUGGCACGAAACUGCCACAAGCAGGACCACCGCCUUGCACCCUGGAGCCUGCAGUGCAAGACCUCAUGAAACUCAUUUUUAAUGAGAGGUACUUUGCUGCCGCAAUGACUGAUAUGAACUACGAUCUUGACAAACUUCCGCUGGGAAAGCUCAGCAAGGCCACGAUCAUGCGUGGCUUCCAGACCCUGAAAGACUUGUCGGCUCUCCUCGAUGGCUCUGCCGCACCUGCAGCUGCUGGAAUCCCUCUAUCUGUUGAAGACCUCUCAAACAGGUUUUAUUCACUGAUACCGCACAACUUCGGUCGCAACCGCCCGCCGAUCAUCAACAAUCAAGCCACGGUCAAGCGGGAGAUAGAGCUUCUCGAGACAUUGGCAGACAUGAAAGAUGCCAGCAAUAUCCUCAAGGCGGAAAUUGAUGAGCGCAACAGUCUGCAUCCCCUGGACAGACAGUAUCGAGGCCUCGGAAUGGAGGAGAUUUCGGAGCUUGAGCGUAGCUCGGCCGAGUUCACCCUCCUCAAGGACUACCUCAUAAACACCCGAGGUCAGACCCAUGGGGUUACCUACAAACAAGUCGAGAGCAUCUUUCGCAUAGAGCGCAAGGGCGAGAAGGAUCGCUUCAUUUCUGACAAGAUUUCCGACCGUCGUCUGCUAUGGCACGGCUCCCGUGCCACCAAUUUCGGCGGAAUCCUCAGCCAGGGCCUCCGAAUCGCACCUCCCGAGGCGCCAGUAUCCGGAUACAUGUUCGACAAGGGAAUUUAUCUUGCAGACAUGAGCAGCAAGAGCAUCAAUUAUUGCUGUCCCUACAUUUCUGACAAUACCGCGCUUCUCCUGCUUUGCGAGGCCGAGCUUGGAAAGCCCAUGCAAGAGCUGACUAACUUUCAGUAUGACGCAGCGGCCCUCGCCAAGGAGAAGGGGUUGUUGUCGACCUUUGGCAAGGGAGCAACGGGACCGAAAGUGUGGAAAGAUGCGGAGUGUGUCCAUCCAUCCCUCAAGGGCAUCACGAUGCCCGACACGACCAGAAAACCCCCCGGUCCGACAGGGGUCAAUGGUGGUUUGCUAUACAACGAGUAUAUCGCGUACGAUGUCUCGCAGGUACGCCUUCGCUACCUGUUCCGAGUCAAGGUUUGAGAGGAGGUCUUUUAUACCAGUCGGGACAUCAUUUCACGCCUGCAAUGCAGGGUCUGCAGUACAGGGCAUCUUGCCCACUGCUAUUUCACAAUUGGCGGGGGAAGAUAGGGGCUCUGGGUUUCGGAGGCAAGACAAAAAUCUCACAUGGUGUCAGCACCAGGAACGCGAUGGCAGAAAGUGCCUUUGCUGCUUCUUACAUGGCCUCUUUUUUUUGGAACUCGCAUAUGGCAGCACGUAUUUCUCCCUUUCCUUAGCUGAACAGGGCAUAGUGGAGCUAAUUUUGAGUCUAUUAU